AUGGCUGAGACUAUCGGUGUCGUGGCCGCGACUCUCGAGUUCGCCAAAAUCGUCUUGGAGGCGAAACAGCUCUACUCGUCGAUUAGACACGCUCCCCAGACCCUCAAACAGCUGUUGGAAGAGCUAGAGGCCCUCGAGGAGAUCUUAGAGACAUUCAAAGAGCAGGAAGCCGCUCUGUCCGCAUUUGCUCCGCCGGACGUGGUUCGGAAAUGCCGACAACGAAGCGAGAAGGCGGUCCAGAGCCUGAAGCCCAUCUGCGACGAGCUGUCUAAAGCCAUCAAACGCUCUCGGAUACGCGGAUCGGUCAAAGCAGUCCUCAAGGAGGAUGCUCUGGACAAAGCCCGCCAAGUGGUUGAAAGAGCCAAGGCCGAUUUCAUGUUGGCCCAGAUGAAUGUCUUGAAUGCUAUGAGCUUGCUGAACAUCCGGAAACAUUCGGAGACACAUACGCUGAUUAUGACUUCCACGGCAAGUGUGUCUGCGAUCGUACAGGAUAUUCGACAAGCGUCUAUAUCUUCCACUUUUAAAGCUCUACUAAGUCACAGCGGUGAUACCGUCCAACGGGACACGUCUGAUGCUGUUCACAGCAGCUCGUGGAAACCGAGGCACCAGCAGCGGUGGGUCAACGUCCGCACUAGACGUCUACUGCUUCUGCAGAGUCGGUUACUCGGAAAAGCGUUCGAGUUUGUCCAACAACAGGCGUGCGGCGCAUGGACAUACGGCUUUCGGACGUACAAUGUUCGAGCGUGGAACGAACCGGUCUUCCGAUACGUAUUCGACGGCAACAUUGCCGCUCUCCAAAACCUCUUCCACAAGGGCCAGGCAUCCAUCCUCGAUCGAAGUCCUUGCGGGGACACGCUGCUUCAUAUUGCCUGUGAAUCUGAGGGUGCUAGAACAAUAAGGUUCCUAAUGCAACAAGGUCUUGAUCCUAAUGACAAGGACGACAACGGUCUGUCUUGCCUCACAAAUCUUUCUUUGAGGUAUGAAGUUGGGACCAAGUUAGAGGCCAUCCAGGCGAUCUGCGAAGGGCCAGAGCUUGACGACUUGACAAAUUCCCCGGAGGUGACCAUCUCGAAUCUCAGCAGUGUCAGCAGUUUUCAGGCAUUGUCACAUGUUAUCCAGUUGGUAUCCCCCCCGUGGAGCACCCGGGAGCUGUCUGCUCGUCUUCAAGCUGCAUACGAUGCAUGCUCUCCUCGCCUGGAUUCGGACAGGUUCUGGCUCUGCCUGUCUCAAUCCCAGCUCGAUCCCGCCUGUCUCGUGAGGAAGAUCUCUGAGGAGGACGCUCCUCCUGUAUAUGGUUCUCUUGUGGUGAUCCUCGCCGCAGUGUUGGCCGAUCACUGGAUAUUUUCACUGGAAUGCCCUGAUUUCAGCGGUUGGCGAACAAUAUUCCAGGCGGCGGUAGGCUUGGAUGGUCUCCGUGUUGCUAUCGAACACGAUGUCCACUCUCCAAUGUUGGCUUAUCUAGGCUUCUAUUCACUGGAGCGCCAACCCUCAUGGGCAAAUCUCAGCACCCAACGGUUGACGCACAAGCUUCGCCACUGGGUAACGGAGAUCUCUAAUGCCGGUCAGGACCUCCUGCAGUACGGCAAAUGGGAACAUGAGCGUUUGGUCGCGGAAGGCUGGACUUUCCAAUAUUCUGUUUUCUGCAGAAACGACAGAUGUUCAACCUUUCGCGUCGUGGAUUUCACCUAUGGAGCUGGACCAGAAGACUGGCAGAUAUGGGUAUCAUUGUCCUCUGACGAAUGUGUAGGAGAGUUCUGGAACUUGCUGACUGAUCGGGAAUCAAAACUCUGCAUCCCUGGAGCGUGGCCUGAAACUGAGGACUGGGCUUGCUGGGUUUGUCACCCAGAAGAUACCCAGGAUCCUUCAGCUCUCGGUUGGCCGUUCUCCACCUCGAGAAGGCGGCGGCGGCGGGUGGUUAGAUACUUUGACCUGACAAAGGAAAGGUUCGACGAGGUCUACGGUCUCAAAAAGAGACGAUAUGUCGCAUACAUGACCGAGGAGGGCAAAAAAAGAAAAGCAAGGAGGAAGCGAUUCUUCGGGGAGGCGGGAAUCGCACCGCCGCCCAAGCUGCCCUAUUGA